AUGACUCAAAUUCAGUCAUUGAGACAUAAUAUAGAAAGUCUUGUAGCUUUUCUAGAACCAUUCUUAGCAUUUUCAAAUUGUCAUAUGGUUGAUUAUUUUUCUCAAAACUCUUACAUAAGAUUCAUACCUAAAGAAAUCAGACAAGAAAUAGAAUCAGUAGGACAGGAACAAACUGUAAAUUUAUUAUUUAAUAAUGACUUGGAGAAACUUCCACAUUUAAAUAAAUAUGUGCAGACCUGCAAUAAAUUUAGAACUAAAAAUUUAACUGAACUUUGUAUUGAUAUUGGUCAACUAAACAAAAAACUUGAUGAGUUUGGAGGAAACAAUGUUGAAUCAUUGAAACUGGAUAUAUUUAUGACUUCAAAAAAGUCACAUGAAGUGGAAAUUUUGAGUAAUGUGGCAGCUGCAGUUAGAAGCAUUGCAAAAACUAGUCAUACAAUUGAUAUUGGUGAUGGAAAAGGUUACUUAAGUUCUAUGUUGGCACUUCAUUACAAGAUACCAGUUCUUGGAAUUGAUGCCUCUGAAAUUAACACAAAUAGUGCUGUGAAAAGGGUAGACAAAUUGGCAAAAGUAUGGAACAGUGUAACUUCUGGUGAAAAGACAAGAAGUACUUCAAAAGAUUUGUACAAACAAAUUACAAAAUUUGUUGAUGAAAAUGUUAAUUUUAAAGACUUGAUAGAACAUAUAUUUUUAGAGGAACCAAACGGCAUUGGUUUGGUUGGUUUACAUACUUGUGGAAAUUUAGCCACAGCUUCUUUAAAAAUAUUUAACUCUUCUUCCCACAUAAGAACAAUAUGUAAUGUGGGUUGCUGUUAUCACUUUAUAACAGAAGAAUUUGAUGAGGAUUCAAAUAUAUUCCACAAAAAUAAAAUAAAUGAUUAUGGUUUUCCUUUAAGCACUUUUCUGAAAGAAAAACGAUUUAAACUGGGACGUAACGCAAGAAUGGUAGCUGCUCAAUCUGUAGACAGGAUUUUUUAUUAUAAGGAGUUACCAAGUUCAAGCAUAUUCUAUAGAGCAUUGUUAGAAAUUAUGAUGAAAACAAUGCACCCAAAUAUUAAACUUAAAGAUGUUGGUAGAUUUAGAAAACCUGCAGUAGAUUUCUUGGACUACUAUAAAAAAGCGUUGAAACGUCUAAACCUGGAAAUAGAUAUGGAAGACAAAGUGAUAAAUGAUUUUUUUGAUACUCACAAACAUAGAGUUCAUGAACUCAACGUAUUUUAUUUGAUCAGGUGUAUGCUUGCUCCGGUUAUUGAAAACCUCAUUUUGUUGGACAGACUUUUAUAUCUACUAGAAUCGGGACAUAGCAAAUCUUUCUUGGUUCAAUUAUUCGAUCCAGUCGUUUCUCCAAGGUGCUAUGGAAUUAUUGCAAUUAAAUAAAUUUAUUGUCUAAUAUUAAAAU